AUGCUUCAAACCUUGAAUCAUCCCUACACCACCACGGCUAAAACAGCCGAAAUCAUGGCUAGAUAUAGGCCAAUUGCACCAAGACCACAAACCACUCAAACUUCCAAUGGUGCUACCAUUGUUAUUGAUGUUGACAACACGAGUUCUGGCUCGGGUUCUGAUCCACCUUCUUUGUCAUUGACACCAUCUAUUCGCCAAUCUGCUUACCUUAGGAACGUAUGGCCUUACAUGCAGUCAAGACCAACACGAACAAGAAAAAGAGGACGGAUAGGACCAUCACUAUCCGCCUUUAAAAGACCAAGAAGUCUUCUUCAAGGCCUGUCUCCGCCGUACAACAUCGCCGCUUCACCGCUACAAAGGCUCCAAAUUCAAGUGUUUGCACCACCACCGACCACCAGUACCACCUUGGUCACCCUCCCACUACUCCCUGGUUCAUCAUCCAAGAACAUGCAAGUGCAAAUUCAACCAAGAUCAUCAACAGUCAUUGAUCUCAACAACAUUCCUGAAGAGAAAGAUCUACUUGCACAACUACAAAAUCCACCAUCACCAAAUAUCUUCACACCAACUGCAAUGAGGCUCAGACCAUCAACUGUCAUGAUUCGGGCCAUUAAAAACAAUGCAUUUUUAGUCGUUUGCUCAAGAAACAUGAGAAAACCAAGCUAUAUCGAAAAAGAUCUAGAGUCACAAGGCCUGCCAGGGUUUGUGACCGAUUCGAAAAACCGAGUGAGGCUAGUGAAUCCAGCUUAUGAGAAAAUGGUGGGUCAGCCUGAAUGUGCAUGGAUUGGGUCAAUGGUUAAUGGUAAUGGGUCGGAAGUGGCAUGCAAGUCCAUUUGUGGUGAUGUGGCGUUGAAGUUUGCCGAAGAUGGUCAAACCUACAUGGUUUCAACGAGUGGGUUCUCGUGUUGGGCUCGGAUCGAAUGGGAGGUUAAUGGAAAGAGGACUUAUGUGAAUGCUUUUGGUGAAGCAAGGAGGUUGGCUUGUAAAACUACAGAUUACAAGUACACUUGGAGGUUUCAUACCAAAGAACCCUCAGAAGCUGCUUUAAAUGUUUAGGAUUUCAAGCUAUGCGCUUAAAAAAAAAUUUGAAAUGUGUCUAUGUAGCAUGUUAAUUAAUCAUAUUGCAUGAAAGUAGAUACAAGUAAUGUAGGAGAAGAUGAUGGUUUAGUUUCUUUGUUACAA